AUGAGCACGAAUAUUCAUAACUUGAACAAGCCAAAAGGUAAAUUUUAUUAUUUAUUAUCAAAAUAGUGUUUUUUAUAGGUAUAUGUUGUCUUUUUUUCUUAUUUUAUAGGUUUUUUCUUUUUUUUAUUUUUUGUAACUUCACUUUUUGCUUUUAGAUGCCUUUGAGCAGCUUGAGGAAGAAGAAGGAACCCGUCAGGGAUUCUGCCAUAUAAGAAUUCAACAAAGAACUGGCAGAAAGUCGAUCACAACGGUUCAAGGUAUCGACCCAUCUUACGAUUUAAAGAAGAUUGUGCGGUACUUGAAGAAAGUAAGUUGAUUUCUUUUUUAUAUUAUGGAUUUAGGAAUACUCGUGUAACGGAACGAUCGUGGAACAUCCAGAGUAUGGAGAGGUUAUCCAAUUGACUGGAGAUCAGCGACAGAACAUCAAGGACUUCUUGUGCAAGGUGGGCAUCGUGAAAGAAGAAAACUGUAAGAUUCACGGUUUUUAA